AUGGCCAGUUCCCCCGCUUCUUCUCUCGCCGUCUUCGGCCCGGCCCUUCCGAGACUACCUUCACCCUCGCCAGACGCGAGAGUACGUCUCAAUCACGAUGCCCCACGUUCAGAUACACCUCUGCAUCUCGCCGUCCGGAACGGCGAUGUAGACGUCGUCGGCUCUCUCCUCUCACAAGGCGCCAAUCUUGAAGCGCUGGACACGCAUGGCUCCACGGCUCUAUUCAUCGCAGCCGACAUGGGAAAGAUUGACAUCGCGCGUCUCUUGGUCACGCAUGGGGCUUCUGUCUCCAUGGAGUGUAUUGACCGGCCUGAGUUGCGACCAUGGACCAUCCUCCAGAUCGCAGCCCACAAGGGCCAUGCUGAUAUAGUACGGCUCUUGCUCGACAACGGCGCGGACGUUGAUGGUCAUUCUGAAGGUCGUCCUACACCGCUGUACGAAGCUGUGAAUGAAGGCUUUAUCGAUGUUGUGCGCCUACUGCUUUCACGGGGAGCGUGCCAGGUACUCCGCGAAGAUAACCAAACUGCUUUGCACGUCGCUGCGUCCUCCAGCGGAAGUCAGGAUCGUGCACUCGAAAUUAUGCCUGUGCUCAUCGAGUACGGGGCUGACGUUGGAGCGGUCGAUACGGAAGGCAUCUCGGCGCUUGACCACGCGGUCAUGGGCGCUUCUACAGAGACUGGACUCUCCAUCGUGAGAUUCCUGCUGGAACACGGCGCGAACUAUCGUGCACCUUCCCUCCUUUACAGCGCUGCCUGGCGGGGCAACUCUGCUGUUUUACGUUUACUGGGUUCUCAAGGUGCAGAUAUGGCAGCGAUUGACGACCGCGGCUGGACAGCUUUGCACAAUGCGAUGUCUAUGCGCAGGAACGAACCCGACGAAGUUGACGUCGUCCGCGUACUAUUGGACUACGGCGUGGACCCCAAUAGACGCGCGGAAGUCCCAGACGGGCUAACAGCAGUCCAUCUGGCUGCAUGGAGUGGAAAUAUUGAAUGUCUGCGCUUACUGCUCCAGAGUGGCGCUGAGGUGGGCGUGCUCGCUCACGGAAGGGGCACUCCUCUACAUUGUGCCGUCACGUCGGAUUUCUCCGAACCCGCCAUUGUGCAACUUCUUCUGGACCAUGGCGCAGAUUUAAACACGCUUGACGAAGACGGCCUCACCGUGAAACAGUUGGCGCGGAUGAAAGGCACCAAAGAGGUGCUACAUCAGCUGCACUUGCAACCGACGGGACUACCCAUGCUGUCGUCCUCCACAAAUAUUCGCUCUGAACCGUCAGUCGGUUCUGCGAUGACACCUAUAACCUCGUCUCGGGAUAAGCAAGAAUGGUAUGGAAUGGCAUACCCAUACUUUGCUGAAGCCGAGAAGCUACGCAAGAGAUCCUACGAUACGCACAUGCUCGAAGACAUAUCUGGCACAAUUGCUGCUUUCGAAAAGGCCAACUCACACGACCCGGACGGUCUCUUCUGCCUCAGCAACCUUUCUGACAGUUAUAGACGCAGGUUCGACCUGACGCGGGAUUCAUCCGAUUUUGAUCGAGCCUUGGAGUAUAUGGGAACAUAUCUGUGCGUUAAGGACAGCGGAACACAACUAUGUGAAUAUGCAGAUCUGCUUCUCGCACGCUAUAGAAUGAUAUCGCACUCGCCAUCUGACCUGAACCGCGCGAUGGAAGUGUUUCGUACAUGCAUGUUCUAUCCCCAUUCUAGCGACGUUCACUUGCGCGUGUCAGCUGCGCGCGCAUACGCCGAUCUGUGCUGGAAGUACAAAGAUGCAGCCGCGGCGAUACGACCAUUCCAACUCGCGAUCGACAUGAUCCUGAACGACAUAUCCGGACCGUAUGGAGAGGUCGAUACUCGAUACUCGAUACUGGCCGAUGUCCGUGACACUCUCAACACUGCUGUGGUCGCGGCUCUAGAAGCCAGAGAACUAUCGCAGGCUCUGGAGUGGUUUGAAAGAGGUCGCUGUGUGAUCUGGAAUCAUGCUUUGCGACUGAGAGCGUCGGUGGCAGGGCUUCGUGAUGUCGCCCCUGAGCUUGCGAAUGACAAGGAGCGCAUCGUUGCGGAUCUGAUCAAAGCAGAGGACGUCAUGACGCUAGCGCCAGAGAAACAUCCGAGGCGCAUGCAGAACGCUAUGCGCCAUGACAUGCUCGCCAUGAAUCUCGACGAACUCGUGGAGAAGGCCAGAAAGCUUCCUGGCCUACAGCGAUUCUUGUCCCCCAAGACCCCCGCCGAACUGCGGGAGGUCACUGUCUUAGGACCGGUAGUCGUGCUACAUGCCGGAGAACAUCAUUGCGAUGCUCUGAUCCUCCAACGAGAGCGCGAGGACCUUCUGCACGUCGCUUUGCCCAGGCUUGUGCACGAUAACUUACAGCAAGUCCUAUCGCGUUUUCACCGCUGCCUGAAUGGCACCACUGUCCGUGGCCGAGGAUCCAUCCCAGCUCGGGAUAAUGAUGUUCAUCCUAUGGGGCACGUCCUCCAAGCGCUGUGGAUCUUAGUGGUUGAACCCAUCCUCCGGGAGCUGCAGUUGACGAACCGUGCAACGCGCCCGCAGCAUAGUCUGCUACGCAUAACGUGGUGUGUAUCCGGCCCCUUCGCGUUCCUCCCUCUGCACGCCGCGGGUGUCUAUGAUGGGUCAGGCUCUCGUUCAGAAAGAGCAUAUGAGUACGCUGUGCACUCAUACACUCCAUCGCUAUCUGCGCUGGCUGAAGCUCUGAGUCAUAACGUGCCUAAUGAAGAAGGCAUCAGUCCCUCAGUAUUCGCAGUAUCUCAGCCUGCCACACCUGGACAGGAACCUUUACCUGGGACGAUCGCCGAGGUUGCCGCUAUCAAGACUGUCGUCGGGAGUGAGCGCCUGACCUGGUUGGACGGCACCGAGGCGACUACGUCGGUGCUCAUGAACAUAGACAAGCACCCUUGGGUCCAUCUCGCUUGUCAUGCCGUUCAGAAUGCCGAAAAGCCAACGCAGAGCGCCUUCAUGCUCGAAGAUGGUGCUUUGACCUUACGCAUGCUCAUGCGCCGUACUGCUAUAAGCGGGAGACAGGCGUUAGCGGUGCUCUCGGCAUGCCAGACGGCAACAGGAGACGAGACCGUACCAGAAGAGGCUGUACAUCUCGCAGCGGGCAUGCUGAUGACGGGCUUUCAAAGUGUCGUCGCGACGAUGUGGUCUAUCGGUGACCAGGAUGCGCCAGUCGUUAUGGGCUCCUUCUAUGAGUAUCUGCUGAGCAGAGCCGGAGUAGACAGCACCCAGUCAGCUUACGCGCUGCAUCAUGCAGUCAAAGAGCUUCGAGAGAAGGUUGGAGAGAACAAUUUCAUGCGAUGGGUCCCGUUCAUACAUAUGGGAGUGUAG